AUGAUUUGUGUAAAAAAAGUUUCAGGUUUUCAGAAGACUAGAAACCUGAUAAAGCCGAAUUUCAGCUUUACAAGCAACAAUGUUAAAGCUUUUAAGCAGCUUCACAUGAAAAUUUAUUUUAAAAUGAAAUUGUUUUAUGCUUCAUUUACAGAUAAACAUGUUUUGCAUACGCUUCAGAUUAAAGUUUUUAAAUUUAUUAAUCGUAAAAGUUAUGAAAAUUUUGAAGGCAUGAAGAAUUCUGGAACAUCAUCAAAAGCUCAAAUGGCUAACUUGUUGCUUAUGGAUUAA